AUGAAGAGUCCAAGGGUAUUACAAUCAGCCCAAAGAUGGGUCUUUCGAGCUCGUCAAACAUCAUUCCCCUCUUUGAAUAUCACAAAAGUCUGCACCAUUUCGACAAGAGCUGCCGCAGAUGAGCUUUCGUUUAAAGAGAGCUUCAAGGCUGAACUGCCGUGUGUCUUUACAGAUACACCAGCAUCUCCCACCUACACUCUUCCAGCCCUACAGAAAUGGUUUAAACAAGACGAUGACGGGACAUCGUCAUCUCUAUCUUCAUACCUUGACCCUUACCACCAAUGGAUGUUUCCGUACGAGUUGAUGAAGCCCACCAGCCGGGGAUCCGAAAGCAUUACGCUUUUCCACGACAGCCUCUCGAAUAGCCAAGAUGCUACCGACCGAAGCUUGGCAGAAGCUGUGCAAUCCGCCAUCUCCGGGGGCUUCCAUGGUCAACAGUUCUUCCAGCUCCAUGCACCGUUAAAGCUGCUCAUCAAAGCACUCGAGUUCAACAAAGCUCAACGGCGCAAAGCAUAUCCACCGAUACAGCUGUACAUUGCUCAAUCUCUACUCCCGGACCUCCCCAGGCCUCUACAAAACGACGUACCAACUCCAGAGAUCCUCUCCCGUGUAGGAAGAGGCGACAUCUACAGCUCCUCCAUAUGGCUGGGCACCGAACCGACUUACACGCCGCUCCACCGGGACCCGAACCCGAAUCUUUUCUGUCAGCUGUGCAGUAGCAAGGUGGUGCGGCUUUUGCCUCCUGCGACGGGGCACGAGCUGUAUCAUCAGGUGCAGAUGACGCUGCGGGGGUCUGGCAAUAGUCGCAUAAGAUCGACGGAGAUGAUGGAGGGCGAAGAGAGAGAGCUGCUACAUGGCGCCGUUUGGGAAAAUGAGGAUGAGACGGGAUCCACGGAGAUUCAAGAGGUCACAUUACGUGCCGGCGAUGCCCUGUUUAUUCCAAAGGGGUGGUGGCACUCCAUCAAAAGCGAACGGUUCGAUGGAAAUCUUAACGGCUCAGUCAACUGGUGGUUCCGAUGA